AGGCAACCCUGGGUGUUCGUUCGCGGGGUCCGCGCUGGGUUCCUGGAGCCUCCGGUGCAGGUGCGGAGCCCGGGGUCUCCUGCAUGAAGUCCUCGCGGACCCUUGGCCCCCCAAGGGUUAGGGCCGCAAGGGAGCUUAGCGAGCAUCUUAGUCCAGCCCCCUACCCCCGUUUUACAGAUGGGAAGACUGAGGCCCAGAAAGGGGCAGGGACUUGCCAAAGGUUACACAGCUUUUUUCAAAACAAGGAGCUGCCGGUUUGGAAGCUUAGGAUGUAAGGCUGGGUCCCCUGACAUGAUUAAUCUAGAGCUCGUGAGACAAGAAUAACAUGUAUCCAGUAAUAGCAACGGAGCUGAAGCAGCAUUUCAAAGAUCCUUAUGAUACCUUUAUGAACCAUCAUCUUCAGUAUUAUGGAUACUUCAGAGCUCAGGGUGAUGGUUUACCAAAUGCCACUAAACAUCAGCAUACGUGGGAGAGGUCUCCGCAGUACCUGUUCAAGGGAAAUUUCCGGAAAAGAAAUGAUUUGAAACAGGAUACAUUGCAAGAGGAGAAGCUGAUAUGGAACUCGUGUGCCUCGCCUACUGCUGGGCUCAUCUCCCGCAUGGAGACAGCCAAUACAUGGUUCUACAAACCUGCAUCAACUUCAUUUUCCCAAGAUGGUUCCCAUUUGUUGGAUACCCCACUUUUUAAAAGCAACCAACUGCUCUUUGAUGAGUUUGGUGAAGGAAACCCACGCCUCCGAGAACCCCGAAAUCUCUUUGCUUUCUUCUCUAACGAUGGGUUUCUACAGGCUCCACGAUGGCCCAUAGAAUGUGAAGUCAUCAAGGAAAAUAUUCAUCACAUUGAAUGGGUCCCAUCCAAGCCUGAGUAUUUCUAUCAACCUACAGGAAAUGAGAAGGUGCCGGAAAUCGUCGGAGAGGGAAAAGGCACAGUGGUCUAUCACGUUGAGUCAGCCCCAAUGGGUUCCUAUUUCACCAGCUCCAGAAUAGGAGGCAAACGAGGAGUGAUCAAACAACUUUCUGUCAAUUUGCAAGGACCAGAAGAUGACACCCUGCUGUUUGAGUCGAGGUUUGAGAGCGGGAAUUUGCAGAAAGCCAUCAGAGUAGACACCUAUGAGUACGAACUCACUCUGCGAACUGAUCUGUAUACUAGCAAGCACACACAGUGGUUUUAUUUCCGAGUCCAGAACACCAGGAAAGAUAUCACAUAUCGCUUCACCAUCGUCAAUCUGCUGAAACCCAAGAGCCUUUACAGCACAGGGAUGAAGCCUCUUCUGUACUCUGAGGCGGAUGCCCGUACCCGGAGCAUUGGCUGGAGGCGAUCGGGAGAUGAGAUCAAGUAUUAUAGGAAAGGCGCAGAGGAGGGACAGCCCGCCUUCUACUGCCUCACGUGGACAGUCCAGUUUCCACAUGACCAGGACACCUGCUACUUCGCUCACUUCUACCCUUACACGUACACGGAUUUGCGGUAUUACUUGCUAACAGUGGCCAACAAUCCCGUCCAGUCUCAGUUCUGCAAGCUCAGAACUCUGUGCAGAAGCCUUGCGGGCAAUACCGUCUAUCUGCUCACCAUCACCAACCCAUCUAAGAACUCGGAAAUGGCCACUGCAAAGAAAGCAGUCAUUCUGAGUGCCAGAGUCCACCCUGGGGAGAGCAACAGCUCCUGGAUGAUGAAAGGAUUCCUAGACUUUAUCCUCGGAGACUCCCCUGACGCCCAGCUCCUCAGAGACAUCUUCAUUUUUAAGGUGGUUCCCAUGCUAAAUCCGGAUGGUGUGAUCGUGGGGAAUUAUCGCUGUUCCUUGGCAGGCAGGGACCUGAACAGGCAUUACAAGACCAUUCUGAAAGAGUCUUUCCCCUGCAUUUGGCACACCAGGAACAUGAUCAAGAGGGUCCUUGAGGAGCGGGAGGUCCUGCUGUACUGCGAUUUCCACGGGCACAGCCGAAAGAACAACACGUUCCUGUACGGCUGCGCCAGCGCCAGCCGCGAGCAGCGGCUCCACGAGCGUGUCUUCCCGUUGAUGCUCAGCAAGAAUGCCCCGGACAAGUUCUCCUUUAGGAGCUGUAAUUUUAAAGUCCACAAGUGCAAAGAAGGGACUGGGCGGGUUGUGAUGUGGCGCAUGGGAAUUCUGAACAGCUACACUAUGGAGUCGACCUUUGGAGGGUCAACAUUAGGCAGGAAAAGGGAUACUCAUUUUAAUACUGAGGACCUAAAAUCCCUCGGUUAUCAUGUCUGUGACACACUUCUUGAUUUCUGCGAUCCUGACCGCACUAAGUUUGUGCAAUGUUUAACAGAGCUUAAAGAGGAAAUCUAUAAGAAAUUCUCAGAACUUGGACAAGAAAUGGACUUGGAUGGCAAUUGGAGUGACAUCUCUUUGUCUGACAUUGAAUCUAGUACAAGUGGUUCUGACAGCUCCCUCUCAGAUGGGCUUCCUGUUCAUUUACUGGAUAUGGCAGAAAAGCUUGACCAGAAGAAGAAACCAAAGAAGAAAAAGAAACCACUGGAGACCAGAAAGCAAAGAAAUAAGGUGCAUCAGAAAAACAGGUUUAUCCAGGAGUUGAAGUUAACAGAAGAUGGCCAAGAAAAAGCAGAAUUUACCACCAUGCUGAAAAAACAGCCCAUCUUCUUCAAAGAUCCAGAGGCCCAAGUGAAAAAUGAGAACUCAAAGUUUAAUGAGGCGAGAUUUGGGCUAAAACAUUUCUCCACGAGACCAGCAGCCCCGAAACAUGUUCAGCUUGAAAGCUCCCUGAGCAAGAAGCCGGGUUUUAAAAUUCCAGACCCUUGGAGAAAGGGCCCAACCAGCAAUCAUGAGGUAACUUCAGCAUAUCCGUGGAAGGAAAAGAUGUACAGUUACCAAAACUGUCUGUUAAUGCAGCAGGACAUCACCCAUCAUCAGCCUUUACUCACCAUGUCAGCACCUUCAAAAGGAAGCAAGACUCCUAUAGCAAUUAAGCAGUACCCACCUCCACUCUUUCUGAAGAUGAGCCAAGAGAGUUGUCACAAACAGACGGCUUUUCAUAGUCUGAUUCAGCAAGGCAAGUGGACACCAUCAAAAAGUUCAUCUACUGUAACAUCCAGGAAGCCUUUGUCUUUCAGUAACAGAGAUGGAAAACCGGGCUCAUGGAGCACCUGGGUCCUGGAGUUUAAGAAUAUAACAACAAAGUCCCUAUGCUGGAUUCCAAAAGUAACUUCUAUGUCUAUGCUGCUGGGCAAAACUUUCUCUCUGACCCCUAAGAUCCCUCAGAAUCCUGUAGAAAGGAAAAGGAAGGAAAAAAUAUGGAAACUUCCUAGAAGGCCUGGCCUGACUAAGACAGAUCAGCACAGUCUACUUGGAAAAAGGGGAGAAAUUUGCAAAAAGAAAACAUGGCUUCAAAUCUUCAGUGAUAUCCAAAAAAAAUCCCAAAAGGACAACAAAUUCCCUGAAAAUCUUUGACUUCUCCAAAGUAAAACUCUGUAUUACAGGCAGAUUCUGUGUAACUUCUCAGAAUUAAGACUCUCAUUGACAGCCUGGCAAAGGAUGGCCUCGGUAGGAAUGCUU